GGGCCCGAGCUCAGCAGGGAGACCGCCUGGUCCAUCGGCAGCCAGGUGACCCUGCCCUUCCUGUUUGCAGGCCUGGGGCUGUCUGGAGCAGGCAUCCUUCUGCACUAUUUCCAGGUGGGCCAGGCUGGCCACGGCGGAAGCAGAAAUGAAGACCACCUUCCUGUUGGUUACUGAAAACGUGACUGCCUUGACCACUGGGUCCGCACGGGCUGGGGGUAUUCAGGCCUUUAAGAGUGACCAGUUUGCUCAGAACCAGCCCGGGCUCAAGGUGACCUUCAGGACGGGAGGCUGUGGGGAGGCUGUGCUCCCGGGAAAAGGCGGUCCCCACUGAGGAGCCCGAGACGAUCGCCCUCGCUGGUGAGUCAGGGGCGGGGUGGUUCUGACAUGAUGGCUCUGGGCCCUCGGGGGCUGGGCUCCCGUUCCUGGGAGGUUCUGAACAGAGGGGACUGAGACCCUCCUGGGGGGCUGGGGCGGCAGUCAGAGGCCCAAGGAAGGCAGGACCCUUCAAGGUCACCCAGAUUCCUCCUGCUGCCCAGCACCGCCCGGAGUCCAGCUGAGCUCCUGCUGGAAUCACAUUCCUGGUUUCCUGGGUUAGGACACGUCUUGUUCCCAGGCCGCCCGGGAAAGGAAUAGCUCCCCGCACACAACGUCUCCUUUCAUUUGUGUUUAGUGGAGUGCGUUUGAUGGUUCCUAGAAGCCAGCAGCCACGGUAGAUGCGCAGGAAGUUUUGAAAUAAGGUCACUCAGGGUCCCACCCCCAAGGCACACCCACGUUUAGCCUUGGUGUAUAGCCUUCUGAACUGUUCACCGCUUGUGUGUGUGUGUUCAUUUCUCAUUAUUUUUUGAACAAAAAUGAGAAACGUUGUUGUAAUGAUGUAUAAUGUGCUCCCUUGGGGGCCUCUUCCUGUACGAAACACGCAAAGGGCUGUUUUUCCUCAUCUUCCGUCCUGAUGGGAGUGGCUCAGAGGCCCACGGUGCAUGAUUACAGGUGGAUCACGAUGCUGGGCCAUGGACAGAACUAGAAAGAGAUCACAGGAGGUGCUAGGGCCGGAAGGUGGUCACUAGUGGCUGCGGGGGGCCCGGUCCAGCUGCCGGCCUGGGGACUGGGGCGGCCAGUGUCCAGACAGGGCCUGCCGAAAGGGGUCUGUCUUGAACACAGUGGCCUCACACUCAGCCCCUGCCCCGCUGUCCUUAGAAACGUGCCGCACUCUCAGCCCCCUGCCCAUGUGGACACGCUGACCCUCAUCUCAGAGGCGGUCACAGGGGUCGGGGGGUGCCAAACUUGGAUCAGGGUUGGUCCCCCUGGGCUGCUCCCUGGGGGUGGCUGUGGGCCAAGCCAUCUCAGGGCCUUUGGAGGCCGUGCUUUCUUGGCGGGCUUCCUGGGGACGUCUUGAGGGUCUGGUAAUGGACGGGCUGUGGCCUGUGUGCAUGUGAAGGGUGCGAGGCGUCGCCGGGGUCACGGCGGACUGUUCCCCCUGCAAGUCGCAGUGCACAGCAUCCUGUCCUCGUCGCGGUCACGAUUCCACUCCCCUUUCCAUGGCGUGGGCCUGGCUGGCCCCGGGGACCCCUCUGGCCAACAUCAGGCCUGCCGUGGGCAGGUCCAGGCUCUGUGCCCUGUGGCCUUGACCCUGCUGAGCCUGCCUCCAGGCCUGGAUGCUGCCCCGGCCCCUGUGGGAGGCACAGCGGACCCUCAUUCUCUGCAUGUCAGGACCCCCUUGCCCUCAGGGUCGGGGUCGGGGCUGGUCUGACCACGUCCGGCGAGCCUGGGCCCUGGAAGCCCCUUCCGGGUCUCCGUCCCUCGGGAGAGCAGGGCCGCGUUCCUUCUGUGAGUGCAGCCUCACUGUGGCCGUGAGCCCCGGACACCGGGCUUGAGUGGCCGUGGGAUGCGGCCUCUGGAUCUUGAGGGGUGACAGGCCUCAGGGGCUCAGAGCUGCCUGGGGGGCGGGUCCCGCACACUCUCAGCCAGGCUGGCCUCACGUGGCCCAGCUCCCUGGUGCAGCCCCGGCCAGCGUGGGCCGGGCAGCUGGCUGCCAUCAAGGUCGCUCCGGGGGGACAGGGAGUAUCUGUGUGGGCGGCCAGCUGGGGGAGGCUGUCGUGGACACGGCGGCCCCUGUAGCGGGGAGAGCCUGGCCCGCGGAGGUGCAUGGCAGGAGCGGCCCCAGGCUGAGGCGCCGCCUUUGUUCCCCACUUGUUCACUCCGGGUUUGGCCGAGGGGUGGUAAGGACCGCCCCCGAGGCCGGCAGCUCCACCCGCGUGGACCCCUUGGGAGACACAGCCUGGUGUGGGCGCUCCGGGCAGGGAGGCUGUCCCAGCCUGGCCAUGGUGGUCACCCGGCUGAGCCUGGAGCUCUGCUUCCAGGGCGGGAGGCUGCGAGGCGUGCGCUGCAAGCUUGCCCGCUGGCCCCGGGGGGCGCCCCCCGAGCCCGCUGCCAGCAUCGUGGGCCAGGUCCUGGUGCCGGUGCUGCUGUCCGGCCUGGGUGUGGUGGCAGCCGGGCUGCUGAUGAACCGCGUGCAGCACUGGCCCGUGUUCACUGAGAUGAAGGACCUGCUGACCUUGGUGCCGCCCCUGGUGGGCCUGAAGGGCAACCUGGAGAUGACGCUGGCCUCGAGGCUCUCCACCGCGGCCAACACCGGGCAGAUCGAUGACCCCCGGGAGCAGUACAGGGUGGUGAGCAGCAACCUGGCCCUCGUGCAGGUGCAGGCUGCCGUGGUGGGGCUCCUGGCGGCCGUGGCGGCCCUGCUGCUGGGCCUGGCCUCGGGCCAGCGGCUGGAUGUGGUGGAGGCCCAGGUGCUGUGCGCCAGCAGCGUCCUCACCGCCUCCCUGGCGGCCUGCGCCCUGGGGACGCUGAUGGUCUGCAUCGUGGUCGGCGCGCGGAAGUUGGGGGUCAACCCGGACAACAUCGCCACGCCCAUCGCGGCCAGCCUGGGCGACCUCAUCACGCUCUCCCUGCUGGCUGUGGUCAGCAGCUUCUUCUACAGACACAGAGACAGCCAGUACCUGACGCCGCUGGUCUGCGUCGGCUUUGCGGCGCUCACCCCCGCCUGCGUCCUCAUCGCCAAGCAGAACCCGCCCGUCGUGAGGAUUCUCAAGUUCGGCUGGUUCCCCAUCGUCCUGGCGAUGCUCGUCAGCAGCCUCGGGGGGCUCAUCUUGAACAAGACCCUGUCCCAGCCGCAGUUCAGAGGCAUGGCAGUCUUUGCUCCCAUCAUGUGUGGUGUUGGUGGCAACCUGGUGGCCAUUCAGACCAGCCGCAUCUCCACGCAUCUUCACCUGUGGGGCACGCCCGGGGUCCUGCCCCUCUGGAUGAAGAAGUGCUGGCCCAGCCCCUGCUCCACGUUCUGCAGCUCAGAAAUCAACGCCACGUCGGCCCGCGUCCUGCUGGUGCUCGUGGUGCCCGGCCACCUGGCCUUCUUCUCCAUCGUCUCCCUGCUGGAGAGCCAGUCGGUCCCGAGCGAGAGGACCUUUGUGCUCCUGUACCUGCUGGCAGGCCUGGUCCAGGUGACCGUCCUGCUGCACCUGGCUGACGUGGCGGUCCGGCUGGCGUGGCGGCGGGCCCUGGACCCGGACGACCACUGCAUCCCAUACCUCACAGGGCUCGGCGACCUGCUGGGCACCGGCCUGCUGGCACUUUGCUUCCUCGCCCACGGGCUGCUGCGGACUGGGGUGCGGCCAAGCGGCCCCAUGGACCCAGCACCUGGACCCUCCUAGGGGCCCAGGAGCCCCCUCCCUCGCGCCCAUAGACCUGAUGCGGCUCCUCUGGCCGGACCCCGGGGCUGGGGCGGUCUCUGUCCUGCACACACGUGCCGGGGGCAGGGCGCACGGGGGGCAGGACCCUCAGCCUGCAGGGCCGUCCUCCCCGCUCUUCUGGGGACGGGCCUGCUCCCCUUUCUGCUCCCAGCAUCUGUGGUCAUCAGCAGAAACCUGUGCUUAGAUUUAAACCCCCAGAGGAGGGUAAAGGUGAGACCGGACCCCAGGCCCACCCCAAGGGGAGGGAAUCGGGCCCACACCACGGCAAGGAGAGGACGCGAGAGCUGCAAUUGAGAGAAAGAACGCCCGGCUUCUGGCUCGGCUACAAAAACUUUUAUUCACUCGCACGAGGAGCUGGGCCCAACAGCAGCAGGGACCUCAGUGCCUGGGAAACGGAAGCCGGUCCUGAGCACCUCGGGGGACAAAGGUCCAGCCCUGGCCCAGAGGCUGUGUGUCCAGGGCACUCUGGACAAGGGGGGAGCCGAGGUGCUGGUGAGGCGGCUGAGAUCCACCUACAGUGAGGAUGCAGCCCCCCACCCCCGCAGGACACCGGGGGUCACCGUGGAAAGCGGGGUCAUUCUCACAGGCCGAGGCCCCCACCUCAGGACACAAACAGAAAGCAGAGUGGGAACCACCACCGUCUGAACGACACCAGCUGCAGAGGCACAGGGACCAGCUCCGGGCCCGCGCCCAGGCCCCCAGCGGGCGGUAACUCGCGCACGGUCACAGCUCGCGUCCUCUCGCAGGGCGGGCCGUGCACUGAGAGCCAGCACACGCACGCGUGUACACCUGAGCAGGCCCGGGCCAGGGCCAGGGCCCGGCACGCACCCCAGUGCUCGGAGGACAGCCUCACAAACCGCUGUCGGCUGCCACGAGGUACCGACACCCAAAUAAAAACUAAGAAAGCUCA